UAGCGUACCUGUUAUUUAUCAACGUGCUUAUAAUUAAUAAUUAAAUCAUCGAAACUUGCAGUUUUCAUUUAUAUGAAAGUGAUAGUACAGUCUAAUUUUGGACAAGUAUUGCUUAGUAGCUUCUGGUGAAAGAGGGUGGAUUGUGGAGACGAGGUAUGUUUUCAAAGUAGGAGACAAUGGGAAUUUAUGUCCCAUUUCAUUGAAUGAAGAUGAAAAUGAGCUUUUUAUGUACGAUACGACGGAGCGACGCCUUUAGACGACGUAAAAAUCAUUGCUUCAGAUGAUGACCGCUAUGAAUUAAAAAGUCGUUAUAAUGGGUCUAUGCGAAUCAGGACUCUUAAGGUUUCAUACAGCCCAGGUGAUCACAAUAUCCCAGCUAGGAAAAAAAAUAAAAAAAAGGAUGACAUUACUCAGAUGUCCAAUACGAAGAAGACAGCAGAUUUUUAUCUUAACAUGUCAUCACCAAGAAAUCCCCUCAGGUCCUCCGAUGAUGAUGAGUUGAACGAGAGUGGCAGCCAAACUUACGAUAAUAAUUUUCAAUCGAAAUCAAGCAAGCAUGUUCGACCUGCGAAUCUAAUACGUGAACAGACCAGUAUGCAGAAUUUAUCAACGCCACCGCUGAAUAGUUAUGAAACGCCAGAGGAAGAAUCGAUAGAAUCUCUUCGAUCCGGAAGUACGCCCCGACCACAGUCUCUACAAAGGCGAAACCCGAGAAAGCGUACAGCACUUGGACCAAUGGCGAGGCUAACAGCACUAGAAGCAUCUGUUGCAGCAGCUAAUUCAAAAUUGUUAAGAUUAUUAAAAAAAAAUAAAGUACGACAACAACAGCAACAACAACAACAACAACAACAGCAGCAACGACAACAGAAUAUAGUGUAUCCAAAACUAACAGAAUCGGUAGUUGUAGAAGAUAACCAGGAGUUCAUAAUCAUCGAUGAGGUGAAAAUGCCAAGUGACAAAGUAGCCAUGAUGUUAUUAGCAGGAACUAUGAGAAAACGUGCCGAUACGGUCAUGCACGCUAUUUGGCCAGAUAACGUGAUGCAGAAUAUGUAUAUACAAUUGCCAAAAAACAGAAAUGAAAACCAUGUGGCAACCGGUAGCGCAGACACCCUUAAAGUUAAAAAAUGUCGCUUUAAUAAAAUAGCGAUAAAAUUCUGUAUAUAACUGAAGUACAGAAAGGCCGUCGCCAGAUAAGCCGGGGUAAAAUGCCCCCAAAGCAAUCGGGCUAAUUUUUUUUUCUAAAAUACCUUAUACUGUGGACAACAUCUCAGCCCAGUUUUACUUACCCAUUUGUGUAAGCCGUUCACUAUUUGUACGACUGAUGGAUUUGUAGUUGACAUGUUAGGUCCUUUUCCUGCAAAUGAAAAUGAUGCUCAGAUACUGAGACAUGUUAUUGAUGAUCCGAAUGGUUUACUGUCUCAGUUGAUGAAGCCCGGGGACAUUUUUAUUUUGGAUCGCGGAUUUCGAGACGUCAAGGAAUACUUAGAAUCCAAACAGUUCACAGUAUUAAUGCCUGCUCUUAAAGGCAAGCGAAAGCAACUCACUACUCAAGAAUCUAAUGAUUCCCGCUUUGUGACAAAGUUGAGAUGGGCAGUUGAAUCGGUUCAUGGUAUGAUGAAACAAAAAAAUGCUCUUUUAGAUAAUGAUUUUGAUAAUAAAAUGAUCCCAAAAAUCGGACCAUAUUAUCGCAUUGCGUCCUUUCUACAUAAUCAAUUCAGUAAGCGACUGAUUUCGGAUGUCAAUAUCACCGAUGAUAUUUUACAAAGAAUGAUUGACCGAAAAAAUACUGAGAAUACUUUGGCUGAAGAAGUUGAAACAAAAGGGUGGUUUAGAAAAAAACUUCCGUUUGAAGAUAUUUCAGAGGCUGAUAUACUUGAUUUUCCAGAACUGACAGAAAACCAAUUAAAAAUAUUAUUCUCCGGCACUUACCAAUUCUCUCAAGCAAUAUCUUAUUUAGCUGAAGUAAUUGAUGAAGAUGGACAUUUGAAUUUAAAAUUCGUCAAAGAAAAAUCGAAUAUCUUAAAAAUUCAAGUACAAUCACGCCACAUGAACAGAAAAAUAUAUAGGUGUUUCAUCGAGUAUGUGCCAAACAGCAUAGGAGUUUCAGGACUAAAACGUUAUUUUUGUGAAUGCGCAAAUGGUCGCAGAACAGUUGGGUGCUGCUCUCAUAUCGCAGCAAUUAUUUAUCAUUUAUCAUAUGGCCGAUACCUUUCAAAAAUUCCUAGACCUGCAGAAAAAUUGAGUCGUUUAUUCAACACAGAAAAUAUUACUUCUGUAAUCCAUGAAGAUAG